AUGAAUGCUUUUAUGGUGUGGUCGCGAUCGCAAAGGAGGCUAAUGGGUCUUGAAAAUCCAAAAAUGCACAAUUCGGAGAUCAGUAAGCGCCUUGGCUCUAUGUGGAAAGCUCUUUCUGAGGCUGAUAAGAAACCUUAUGUUGAGGAGGCGAGCAAACUUCGGGCACGACAUAUGGAAGACUACCCAGACUACAAGUAUCGACCACGUCGAAAGCAAAAGCAGCAUCACUCACCGCAGAUUUCUUCUAAACAACCAGCCAUUGCUCAUUCGACCAACCGACUGACACCUCUCAAGGCAAAUCCUCUGUCCUAUGACUCUUCUAAGGUUCCCCAAAAAUUCACAUCACCAGCUCUACCACUACAGCUGCCGACUUACGAAUCCUCAAAUGACACAGAUUCCCUCAUUCUGCAAUAUCGACCAAAAGUACAGGAAAGGGAUAUCAGCGAAACCUAUUCCUUUGAGGUCCCAACGAAACCCUAUUUUAAUGGGAUUGUAAUCAACUCUACACCCUGUUGUUAUUCCUCAGAUCAACAUCAGAGCAUUCCGUAUGAGUACUCCUCCUACUCCGAAUCCAGUACAACCCCAAUGGAUUUUUUUAAUCCUCCUGAGCCUCAGAUGCAAACAUUUGUUGUGGAAUACGCCGGGGUACAAGAGUCACCACAGUACCCAAUUAAUCCCUCUAAUCUACUGGUCUCAGCACCGGCACAACCACCUCCACCCCCACCUCCUAUAUUUCCUCCGAUGGCUCUUACAACUGAUUUUGAUCAGACAGCAUCAUAUCGUGAUUGUAAUCGGAGUUCAGCCGUUGAUAGGAAUAUCACAUGCUACUACGAAUAUAACUUGGCGGAAGGAGGUGGAAGUGCGGGUGGGGAUGGAGCACUAGUGGAAUCGUUCGAAGGCUUGUCACCGGAUGUGGCAGUUCUCCCUUCGAUGAGUCACAUGGCCUCCACCCUCCGAUUAGGCAGCACUGAUCCGGUUACCAUAAGUCACUCCACCCCACGGUGUCUAACUCCCGCACCCUACUUCCAUCCCCACGGAUCCGAAUGUUUAAUACCGCAGCAAAACGACUUGGGUCUGCAAAGCUUCUUUGAGGACAGCAGUUUCUGUGCACGGGAGAACAGAUUUGCGCAGUACGGUUUUCCCGAAAGUGUUGUUGAUCUCCAGUCCUGA